CAAUCAUAAUAUUGAUUGUUUCCUCGAUUUGUUUCAUUUUAAGACGAUCUCUACAGAAACGGUAACAUUUUGGGACGCGUGUCGAAAUGCAUUCUGGGAUAGCAGUCCCGUGCUUUGUUAGCUGUUUUGCUAGCUAGCUGUGUAGUAUGUGGGUGCUGAUUUAGUGGGGGAAAUACAAACCGUCCCGUUUAAAUACGCCCGAUAUAAUGCGUAGACGGUGAACAGUAACAGCUUAUUCAUACUAGUUUUAUUUACAAAAAAAUGCCAAAUUUUUGCGCGGCUCCAAACUGCACCCGGAAAAGUACUCAGUCUGAUCUGGCUUUCUUUAGGUUUCCAAGAGAUCCUGAGAGAUGCAGGUUGUGGGUAGAGAACUGUCGGCGUGCAGAUCUCGAAGAGAAAACUCCUGAUCAGCUAAAUAAACAUUACAGGCUAUGUGCGAAGCAUUUUGAGCCUGCAAUGAUUUGUAAAACAAGCCCUUACAGGACUGUGCUGAGAGAUACUGCUAUUCCGACCAUUUUUGACUUAACCAGCCACCUCAGUAACCCACACAGCAGACAUCGAAAACGGAUUAAAAUUUUGACAGAUGAAGAGGUACGAAAAAUCAAAGAGCGAAGAUUGGAGUCUUCAAUUGAACAGUUGCUCUCAAAAAAGGAUAAAACACCCGGUGAGGAUGAUGCAGAGGUUGAAGAUGUACCCCAGCUGACUGCGCAUCAGAAAGAACUAAGAGAGUUCCUAAGGUCUUUGUUUGAAGUGAUUGUUUUAAUAGGAAGACAAAACAUCCCAUCAAGUUACCAGUCAAAAGAAGAGCCGGUAAACAUGAGCACAUUUCAGGCUUUGCUGGAAAACCGCAUUAACGCUGGCGACGAAGUUCUUCGAGGACGGUUUGAAGCAGCAGCUGUUAAUGAGGAAUUUUGUCCAGGAACACAGCAGAAGCAGAUGCUGGAUGUUUGUGAGCGAUGCGUUCGCGACGAACUUCUGCAGGAAGUACGAGAAAGCCGUUUCUUUUCACUGGUGACUGGGGAGCUGGUGGAAUUUCCAGAAGGUCAGCAUAUCCCAGUGUUCUUGCGUUUUGUGGACCAAAGCAACACUCUCAGGGAGGAGUUUGUAGAGUUUCUCUUGUUUGAAGGAGAGGAGAAGUCUAUGGCAGACAGAUUGGAGUCUCACAUCAUGAAGGAAUGGGAUCUUAACAUGGAACACUGCAGAGGUCAGGCACACUCAGGCUCCGGUGUUUUUGGAUGUAAGAUGAAAGCCAUAGCCAACCAACUAAUGGAGAAAUACCCAAUGGCCAUGAAUACACCAUGUGCAACCUAUGCACUUAACACACACCUAGCAAACAGUGUUUCACUGACUGGCGUUCAAGUUGUGAUGUCGGUUCUUAAAAAGACAGAUGCCUUCUUUAAGGCUUCUCCACUACUGCAGGCUGAGCUAGACAGCGCCAUUUGCAUCCUCUCUCAGGGCAACACAGAUAAAGGAGACAAGCUCAAAGAGAACUGUCGUGCCACCUGGACAGAGCUGCAUAAUAUGUUUGAGAUGGUUGUUGAUAUGUUAGAGCCACUUCUGCUCUGCAUGGACAGCAUACAUGACAACGAAGACUUGAAAUGGAAUGACCAGAUUACCAACGAUGCUUAUGCCAUCUCCGAGGCUUUGGCUGACUUCGAGUUUAUCGUCACUCUGGUCGUUAUGAAGAACGCUCUUUCAUUCACAAGAGCCUUUGGAAAAAACUUGCAAGGAGAGACUCUUGAUGUGUAUUUCGCAGCCAGCAGCCUGACAGCCGUCUUGCAUUCUCUGCAUGAGGUUCUAGACAACAUUGAAGUUUACCAUGAAUUCUGGUUUGAGGAAGCUGUAAAUCUGGCCACAUCGAUGGAGAUCCCAGUCAAAGUGCCCAGACUGUUCGUCAGGAAGCAACGGGCAAUUGAAAUGGUAGAAAUACAGGCCGAGUCCUUUUACAAAGAAUACCUAACUCUUCCGCUCAUGGAGCACAUCACUCAGGAAGUGAAGGACAUGUUCUCAGAUAACCAUAUCAGAGCUCUUAAGUGCCUAUCUCUUGUUCCAGCAGUUAUGGGCCAUAUGAAAUUUAACACCUCAGAAGAAGCCCAUGCGGACAUAUUCAGAAGCGAUCUUCCUCAGCCAGACACACUGCCUGCAGAGCUUCACUGCUGGAGGAUCAAAUGGAAACACAGAGGAAAGGAAGUCAACUUGCCAUGCACCAUUCAUGAAACAUUGCAGCACUCAGACGUCAAGUUCUUCCCAAACGUUAACGCGUUCCUGAGAAUUCUGGCGUCUUUUCCUGUGUUGACGUUUGGGGGUCAGGGAGGCACUGGACAGAAACGCCUACAGGCUUACCUUUCAGACACACCAGUGAGGCAUAGGUCUAAGAGUUUGGCUGUGCUGAAUAUCAAUUACCAUAUUAAAAUAGAUCUAGAUGAAAUGAUUGAAUGUUACAUCAAAAGUUACCCAGAAGAAGAAAGUCCAAAUAAAUAAUAGCCUUCAAAGAGACUCAACAGUGGAAAUGUUCUCUAAAUCACACUGUGCUUGUGAGCAUAGGGUAGAUUAAAGUAUUUAUUUUUCUAAACGGUGUAUAUAAUUUGGCAAUUUGCAGGAUUAUUAUUUUGUGUCCAGUAGACAUAGUAGAUACUAUGUUCAAUGUAUUUAUACUGUUUUAUAUUAUACAGACCUUAUGAACCUAAAUGCAUUUAAUCAUGUGUAUAAACUAGCGUGUUAUAAAUUUCACUGGUGUGAGACUGAAAUAUGUGAAAGUGAAAUAGUUAAUGGUCUGAAACAUCAUGGCAAAUGUUGCAUUGUUUUAUCUGUACUUCAUAUAUAAUGUAAAUAAAUGAUGGCAUUCUGACUA